GACAGAGAUAUUGCAAAAUGUCAAAAUUCAUUUUGUUUAAGGAAAAAAAACAAUACUUUAUUUCUACACCCUAAAUAACAUGACAUGCUUCCAUGCACUUCUGUUACAUAGACGUUAGGGGUAGAAAAGAAGACAAACAGCAGAUAACAGGUAAACAGUCAUCAUUGUCUAAACUGACAUAUUUUUCUAAGAUAUUAAGUGGCGGAGAGAGAGAAAGGAUUCAGCUGACUGCUUCAGAUUUAAUCUGAUGUUAAACUGCGGGGCAGGUGGGUCAUAAAUCACAAGCUGAAGUGUUUGGAAAUAAGCGUGAAGUCAGUACACAGUGUAACGGGCUAUUUUGGAUCUAAAUUUCUGACUGAGACAGAUCUCGUCAAAGUGAGGUGAGGAAAAAACGAUCCCCUUCUUUGGUUUAGAACCUGAAACAUCCAGUUCCUUCUUUAAUUUAAUUUCUUGAAACUCUAUAAAAACCUUUUUUUCUCAAUAAACUAUACAACGUUGAGGCCAGAAGAAAGCUAUACUGCUCCCCUGGCAGUCCAUCAGUGCGGAGAGCUAAUAGUUUGACCAGACUCUGUCAUGGUCUUUGGGGUGUAAGCGACCCGGACUGGUUGACCCAGGAGAAGAAACUCCGGCUCCCAGUUUUUUUUGAGUCUGUCCGCAAGAUAAACAAGCUCCAGAGAAAAUAUGAGAAGCCCCUUAUAAGAAUACGGCAUCUGUUAAUUUUUGGCAGAGUCUAAUCAUCUGUGACGCCACAGUCAGGGCGGUCUGUUUAGUGUCACUUUUCCAUGUUUUUUAUUCCCUGCUGUCCAGACACUUAGCAAAGUCACAACAGACUUACAAACUGAAAAAUGUUUCAUUUCAGCCGCUGUAAAGCCAACUCUGCGAGUGGAUUUUUGAUUUUCUGGAAUUUUUUGUGCAAAUAGCUAGAAUGGCUUAAAGAGGAGACAAAUGGAGCUACAAUUUUCCACCUUUGACCUCUGAGGAGACAGACAAGCGAGGAGCAAACAAUCUGAGAGAAGAGGUGAAGAAAAACAAGCUGCUGCUUGAUUCAUCCUAUUUUACCAUGGGAUGAGCUCCAGACUCAAUGCUCUUUCAUUCAGUUCAUUUUCAAGAUCUAAAUUCUCUGAACUUCCUGUUUAUGUCCAGCUGUUUCCUCUUGCAUCCUGACUGAGACCCCGACCAGAUCCUGGCCUCUGAGCUCGCACCCCAAACCCUGGAGGGGCAGGGGUGUCAACUAAGAGAAAAUGCGAUGCACCACCCUCACCACCCUGCUGACGGGGGUCAUGUUGUAUCUGGGGAUGGGAGCUCUUGUCUUUGUCACCCUGGAGUCUCCCAAGGAGAGUGUGGCAUUUGAGGAACUGCUCAAAACCAAGAAAGACUUUCUGAUCAAUAACACCUGCGUCUCAGAGUUUGAUUUCCACAGACUUCUAAAGGAUGUGGUGUCAGCCAUGGAGGCAGGUCUGGAUGUUGGCAACAUUCCUGCCAACUUAAGCACACGCUGGGACAUGGCCUCUGCCUUCUUCUUCUGCGGCACCAUAAUUACCACCAUUGGCUUUGGAAACCUAUCACCGCGCACCUGGUUUGGACAACUCUUCUGUGUCUGCUAUGCCUUGGUGGGUAUCCCCAUGUUUGGCAUACUGCUAGCUGGAGUGGGUGACCACAUGGGCACGGUGCUGCGGAAAGCUGUGGCCAAAAUUGAGACCCUCUUUUUGAAAAGGAAGGUCAGGCCCACAACUGUGCGUGUGAUCUCAGCAGUUCUCUCCAUCCUGAUUGGCUGUUUGAUCUUCCUCGCCGUGCCCACAGUAGUGUUUCAGAAAGUGGAGAGAUGGUCCUUCCUGGAGUCCUUGUAUUUUGUGGUCAUCACUCUCACCACUGUUGGCUUUGGAGACUAUGUACCCGGUGGAGCAAACGAGGGCGGUAACAUUUUCAAGCCCCUGGUGUUGUUGUGGAUAGUGUUUGGUCUAGCCUACUUUGCCUCCAUCCUCACCAUGAUAGGCAACUGGCUGCGGGUUCUGUCCAAGAAGACUCGUGCCGAGAUGGAGGAGCUGAGGGCUCACGCCACAGACUGGACUCAGAACAUGUCCAUGGAUUUUCGAAUCCCGAAUCCUCUGGAGUUCAAUGACCCUUUCCUCCUGCAGCGCAGACGUUGGAAGCGCAGUGAGCGUCGACGCAUUCGCCGAGGUGCCCAGGGCACUCUGGGAUACUGGAUUCGAGGAGGGUCUGAGAAUGGACACCUCCCAAAUCACUGGCCUGGUCUCUCAAGUUCCUUGAGUCGACUGGAGGGCCGUUCAUCACUAGAGAAAGCUGUGGUGGCAAAGUUCAGACCACGGCUGAGUGCUGACACUCAUGUGAUUGUCCGCACUGCAGCGGGAGGUGGGAAUGAUCCUGCAGUGAAUGUGCAGAGACAGGGCCGGUCGCUUCCUCCAAGGCUUGGCCGCUCUUUAUCUGUCCCGGUGGCCUGCUCCACCUCAGAGCUGGACUCCAUGGGUGCAGUCAUGCCUGACAGAUCCCUCUCUGGAUCUGGGUCUUGGUAUGAUUCCAGGUCGGAUGGCUCUUCCGUAUCACUGUCGUUGUCCAUAUACUGUAACUUCCAGCCGGGUCAUUCGACCACCAGGAGCAAGGAGAAGGAGGAAGGUGAAGUUCCACAACUUCAAACUUCACAGGAAAAGAAUGAAGCAAUCCCAGCAGAGAGCUUUAAACCUGUAGCAAAUGGUGUGCAGAGUAACAUCAGCACCCAUUGUUUCUCGCAUCUUUCCCUUCCUUUUCCAUCUGAGCUGCCUCCGGUUCUCACUCCCUCCCCGAGCAACCCUACCCCAGUCUGUCAGCCUCUCGAUUUCUUUGGCGAGAACCUCGCUUACAUAGACGAGUCUUCGGAUGCCCUGAGCGACAAGAUGACGGAGCGCGAGGAGAAGAGAAGGCGGCCACGAAAACCCAAAAGACGAAGCAUGAGACGACAGCUGCCCCACAGGUCAACCUCCCAGGUCAACAGCGACUUGCAGCCACCAUCCAAUCCACCGACACCACCCCCAGUCUUCUCUGCCUCCGACCUUCCUCCGUCAGGGAUCCACACAGAUUCAGCUCUGGCCCUCUGACAGUCAGAGUUGUGCCAAAGACCAGUUGUGUCUGAACUUUUCUGCCACAGUUGUGGCCUGUUAGCAGACAGAGCACAUACAGAAGAGCAGCCACACUUUGUGCAAUUAUCACCACCGUGAAUGUAUGAACUAUGAGCUUCACAGAAGCAGCCUAGAAUCUAGUUUUAUGGGGGGCGGAAGCUCAUAUGGAUUACUCAAGACCAAAACUACAUCUGCUGGUUUAGAAAAGCCAGUUUUAUUCUGAUCCUCAAAGUGGGAAAGAGCAGAUCCCAGGUUUCCAUGGCUUCAAGAGUCACACUUUCAUCCAGGUAUCGUCACACAUCAUGUGUGCUCUUGUUUUCAGACAGUUUUGCACGGACAUUUUUAACACUGAACCUCAGAUUUGUUGCCUUUGUGAGAUUUGUGGGGACUCAAAUAAAAUGUGUAAAGCAAGAGGGUCACAUAAUUAAAAGGGAUGACAGAGACAUGCUGUAUUUUGCACAAUUGUCCAAGGAAGUUAGUAACUUAAUCAGAGACUACGCAGGUUCUGAAGGAGGCCACCCAGUUAAAAAAAGAAAAGAAAAGAAAAAACAAAACCCAGCGGAAAUCCUGCAGUGGGUGGAGAGCCAGAACCACAAUAGAGAACAUUUUCAAAACAAUCCAGUGCCCACAUAUGAUUUUUUUCCCUUACAUGUAAUGAUUGCACAUUUAAGUAAACACUGAGGUCAUGCAGUGUUUUAAAUGAGCACUGACUUGCUCUCAACGGAAACAUAUCUCUAUUUUUUUUUUCAGAGCUGAUUAUUAAAAAUUAUAAAACUGACUUGUGGGUCUGAGUUUUGAAACUUUGUGUGGUGGCACACGAUCAGCCAGCAAUUCACAGCAUUGGUUAUUGCUGCCCCUCUGCAAAAAUAAAUCAAACUAAAGCCACAUUAAAGAAAACAUUCAGCUGCUGAGAUUUGUGACAAAAAGUUUAAAUGUUCUGUUCGCCUUUCAAACUGAUUAAACCUGAGAAAACAAGUAGCUGAUCCAAGGCAGAACAAUGACCUGAGAGAGACAAAUGAGCAGUUCCUGCAGGCUCAGAACCCAAAGAUGGAGACUUGAGAGUUGGACUUCAGUUGUAAGUAGAUUUCAUACCUGGGAAAAAUUAUGGAUUAUUGUAAGGGUUUUUUUUAUUACAGUGAUGCCUCUUGUACAUCAACUUAUUAGCUGCUGGAAGAUGUCUGUCUAGAGAUCCUUUCCAAUCUAGAGCAAACUUCCCUUUUUGAGUAAAAGAAACUUUUACUAAAGUUUGCCAGGGGGUUGAGUCAUUACAGGUUUGACUUUGUGAGUCUAAAGCUAUGUUCACAUCUCCCUCUGUAACGCUUGUUCAACCAAACACUUCCAAUGUAUUUUUUUUAUUAAUAAAUUUCAAACUAAAACACAAAAUGAAAAUAAACACAAGAG